UUGUUCUUCCACUGUGCUCGUGACCACACACACACUCUCUCUCUCUCUCUGUUUCUCUGUUUCUCUGUCUCUCUCUGUUUCUCUCUCUCUCUCUCUGAAUCUCACAGCUCUACAUAGCUCUCUUUACCUGACAGCUAACUCUACAUACACCUUUAUUACCGGUGUGACUCGAGCUAAUUGACUGAGAUGUCUUCCACGUCCAGCGGUGUUCCCAUAAUGUGAACGACAUCAUGAGGAACUUGCUAGAAUGAACAAAGAGAACUUCUGGCUGUAAAUAUAUAACUUUUGGUUGUUAUUAAGAGCUUUUGGCUGUUAUUAAGAACUUCUAGCUGUUACGACGAGAACUUUGGCUGUGAAGGGUGAGGGGCUGUAGUGAGGGGUGAGGGGGCUGUAGUGAGGGGCGAGACGCUGUAGUGAGGAGAUGAGGGGGCUGAGGGGGGUAGGCAGGAAGAGGGGUAUACUGUCGGGAGGCUUAAUAUUAGUUUGUGUGACCCUCCUCCAUCUUCGCUACCUCCCCCCCGCCUUUCCUCUCUACUGCUGGCCCCAACCACCACCAACACCACUAUCACCACCAACUACAACAACAACAACAACAACAACAGCAAAGUCACUCUCUCCACCAAAAGUCAAGGUUGAAGAUCGGCCGACGAAAGGCAAGCCGCUAAAUAAACCUGGCCGGGAUAUAAUAGAAACUGCCGCGAGUCUUCCUGAGAGUUGGGUCGCUAUGCCAGACAUCCUUCACAGGUUAGAGGCUCGGCGGCAACACGUGAAGCAGGUAUGUCAGAGUGAAGGGUUAGAUGUACCUUCAGUGAAGUACCAACCUAACGCCUGGGAGUUCCUCAUCAACCACAACUACGCCCUCGUGUGGUGUAACGUGUUCAAGGCUGCUUCGUCGACCUGGAUGUGGAACUUCAAUUUGCUGGCCGGAUACACCCAAGAGCAGCUCCUGAAGGCCAACGAAGCUCCCGUAGCCAUGGCGCGACACAAGUACCCGAGGCCGUCAGUGAAGAAGCUACAAAAGGUGUUGAAUACGUCUCCUCCACCUCUCUCCUUCAUGAUCACCAGACACCCUCUCCUUCGUCUAGUCUCAGCCUACAGAAACAAGAUCUUGGCAGGGAACAGAAUUUACAAAAAGAUUUCUAAAAAGAUAAUACGAACGUACAAUGCGUUGGGUCCACCGGUGCCACAAGAGACUAAGGAUGGUAGGGCACCACGACACAAGGUGGCACUCGUCCCAUCCUUCCCCCAGUUCGUUCAGUGGGUGCUGGACGAGGAGGCUAGAGGCAGUAACUUAGACAUGCACUGGAUACCUCAAGCCAGGUUCUGUACGCCGUGUCUCGUGGACUUUUACGUUUUCGCCAAGAUGGAGACGUUGGACGAGGAUGCCAACUACAUAAUCUUCACCUCCGGUAUCAACAAAGUGAUCAAACCGAAGGUGAUCAACCGCUCAGUGGGUGUAUCGACGGAGGAGGCGGCGAGGAAGCUUCUGUGCCAGUUGUCAGCCUCGCAGAUGGACGGCCUCCUCCAUCUCUACCGCCUAGAUUUCCAGCUGUUCGAGUAUGAGGCUGAGAGCUACCGUACCUGUGUUGGUCUUAAACCCACUCAUUAAAAAGAAUGUUUCUUCCACCUCGUAAAAAAAAUAUUCAAAAGAAAUAUCGUGAGGGAAAUAGAGACAGUUAAUACAGGUAUAUAUCUAUCUCAUAAAUCUAAGUGUUUUAAAAAGUAUGCUCAUCUAUAUCACUGUUUGGAUUUACAGUUCUAUAUUUUUAUACACAUUUGUUUGACUUUUCUGUGAUAUACUUUUUCUUCCGACACAAACAUAAAUAUCAUUUCAUGUCACUUCAGAGGGAAAAAUGUAUAUUGUGGAAACUCACCGAAUCAAACAUGUCGAGAUUAUGAGUAUGAGGAAGGGUGUGCAGUGGUGUGGUGUGGUCUGAUGCGUGUGUGUGUGCUUCAGUUUUUUUUUGAGUGUUAUUGUUUCUCUCACUGCUGUAAGAAAAAGCUACACUGAAGGAAAUAAUAAAUGCAAAAAAAAAAAUAAAGUGCUUUGGAAAGUUC